UGAGCACGACCUGCCGAUUUGCCACAUCUGGACUGGAGACGCUUCCUAACACGAGAAACUUCAACUUUUUUGCGUUGACUCUGCGCAAAAACAUAACAAUCACUCAGGCGGUUUUGCGAAUUUUCUGUCCGUUAAGGUGAUUUCUCUGUUCUCUCGAUAGUAAGUAGAGAUUCUUGAGUCUAAGCUGGUGUUUCUUUCUCCUCUUAGUAAACAGAGCCCCGUUUGGGAGUUUCAUACAUUCAGUUUUCUGUUAGAGUGCAACGCUUUUAAUUAGAGCUCUACACGUUUUCUGCAAAUAACACAUGAUUUGGAUCAUUUUGGGAGGGAGGAAACGAAGGGAAGCGAGGCGCAGACGUACAUCUGUUGAGUCUAAACACGCAGAUUAAACACAUUUAUACUAAUAGUUUUAAAUUUCACUCUUUGCUCCUGUCAUAACAUCGUUAAUAUUUACUUAAAAAAAAAAAAAAAAAGUAAAGCCUGUCUGUGAUUACUACGCUGAAUGAAAGCGUUCAUGGUGACAUGAGUCAAAGGGAGCGAAGUUGUGAAAUACUGCAGACACUGGUGAUGGAGUGACACAAUUGGAGCUUUUUUAAAUUCUAUUUAUUUAUUUAUUUAUUUAUUUAUAUUUGUGUCUGAUCCGGGAGAGCAAACUGGAAGAAACCAGAAGGCACAGAGCUCCAUACUGAAGUGUUUAACUUAGUCUGCGGGUACAUUUAAAAAGACCUAAAAAUACAGCGUUGGUUUCUUUCCUACAAAGAAUCAUUUGAACUUCCCACCGCAGAGAGAGCGAGCGACAUAAAUAGUUCUGACAUGUGGAUGUAAUUUCUGAAGAGAAAAAAAGCUAAGAAAAAAGACAGAUGCGGAGACCAUAUAGUAGAUUAUAGGAAAUUAAAUCGAAGGCAGAGCGGACGAUUACAGAGUUAUGAUUUCAUAAGCCGCCAGGAGCGUCCACGGGCCAGAUGGAGUGAAAAGACGCAUCACGCUCCACUUUGAAGAGAGUUAAGAAGAUUAAAUAAUUGCUUUUCGAGCUUCAUCAGCUGCUUGUUUGAAGGACUCUCACUUUUGGAGGCAGAGUUGCCUUAGGGCCAGGGAUGGGAUCUUCUCUGCAGCUCCAUAAUCUGGACUUUCUUCUCAUCUCACUCCUCAGCAGUCUGUGCCUGGUUAAUGCAGAUGAUGUGCUGACAACAGACGAGCAAAUUGGCCUGUUGCUCAUGGCUAAAAGAAAAUGUGAGGAAAACAUCAAGUUAAGGAGAAAGGUACCUGAUGGCUUUUGUUCCCCUGAGUGGGAUGGCAUUGUGUGCUGGCCUGAAGGACCUCCUGGAAACCUUGUGUCCACAUCAUGUCCAGACUAUAUUUAUGACUUCAACCAUAUAGGACUGGCAUACCGUCGGUGUGACAACAAUGGAACGUGGGAGCUUGCCUCAGUCAACAAAACAUGGGCCAAUUAUAGUGAAUGUGCAAAAUUCCUUUACAUUAACAACUAUAACCAUGAAAAGGAGGUUUUCCACCGUUUGUACAUCAUCUAUACUGUUGGGUACUCCAUCUCUUUUGGAUCACUUAUGGUGGCUGUUGUCAUCCUAGGAUAUUUUCGGCGGUUGCACUGCACCAGAAACUACAUCCACAUGCACUUAUUUGUGUCCUACAUGCUACGAGCUACCAGCAUAUUUGUGAAAGAUAUAGUCCUCUACUCUGGAUCUGAUUUAGAGAACAUGGAGAGAGUCACAGUGGAGGACCUCAAGUCCAUUACUGAAGCCCCACCUGCCAGCAAACCACAGUUUAUUACCUGCAAGGUGGUGGUGACCUUGUUCAUGUACUUUCUGGCGACAAAUUACUACUGGAUCCUUGUGGAAGGUCUUUACCUGCACAGUCUCAUUUUUAUGACUUUUUUCUCGGACAAAAAGUAUCUUUGGGGAUUUACACUGAUUGGAUGGGGAGUACCAGCUGUGUUUGUGAUCAUCUGGGCCUGUGUGAGAGCCACGCUGUCCGACACAGAGUGUUGGGAUAUAAGUGCAGGCAAUUUGAAAUGGAUAUAUCAAGUGCCUAUCCUGGUGGCCGUGGUGAUUAAUUUUGUAUUAUUUUUGAACAUCAUCAGAGUCUUGGCGACAAAACUACGAGAAACAAAUGCUGGGAGAUGUGACACCAGACAACAGUACAGAAAACUCUUGAAGUCUACACUGGUGCUGAUGCCACUGUUCGGCGUCCACUACAUCAUAUUUAAUGCCAUGCCAUACACAGAGGUCUCUGGAAUACCGUGGUUGAUACAGAUGCACUAUGAGAUGCUUUUCAACUCCUGCCAGGGUUUCUUGGUUGCAAUCAUAUACUGUUUUUGCAACGGAGAGGUGCAAGCUGAGAUCAAAAAGUCAUGGAGCAGAAGAACCUUGGCCCUUGACUUCAAGAGAAAAGCUCGAAGUGGGAGUAAUACUUACAGCUAUGGCCCAAUGGUAUCACACACUAGCGUAACCAAUGUAACUGCCAGAGGACCCCUGGCUCUCCAUCUCACCACGAGGUUGGGGCCGGUGCCUGUAAACGGCCACAGGAACCUUCCUGGGUAUGUAAAGAACGGCUCAGUCUCAGAGAACUCUGUGCCUUCCUCAGGACAGGAACUCCACAUCCCUGAAGAGGAGCAGUCCACAAAUACACGGCCGAGUGAGGAAGAGAAACCCACACCUGUAGUGCAGGAGGAGAGGGAGACAGUCAUGUGACCUCCAGCAGACAGCUUAUAUAGCGAUGAAAAAAAAAGAAAGACAAAUAAUAAUAAACACUCUGAGGAUGGUCUGAUGGAGGUGACUGCAUGAAUCAACAGUACCGUUUUUUCCUCCUGUAAACUGAGACAGAAUAUUGCAAACUGAUGAGGCUCAAGGAAAAAAAGAAGGAUCUAUUGCUUUUCCAAUCUUAUCCAAGAGAUCAAGACACCACGUUCGUUAAAGCAGAUCGUCUUUACUCUUUUAUUCACCAUCUGCCGCAGAGAAUCUGUAAACGCCUAAAACAUGCUGAAGUAUUUAACUUUGAUUUCACUGCCAUGACUGUUUUUAUAUAGUAUUCUGUUUGCUUAUGAGGCAAAUGUUUGGUUUUUUGUGUAAAUUCAUAUGGUUGAUGAGAGAUCAGCCUUACUUACUUACUUCCUGAACAUUAAAACUGGGGAAAUCUUCUCUACAAAUUUUUACUUAUGUAAAAAAGUCAGAAAUUGUACAAUUUUUAAGGCAUCCGUUCUUGUUUGUAACAUGGGUCAUAUUUGUUCCGUAUUGACUUACAUCUGUGUCAAUGUAAAAGGGAUGUUACUCAGGUAAUUGAAGUCCUUUGUUGUCGCACACCUAUUUUUAAAUUUUCCAAAUGGCGUUUCAGCAAAUUCUACAUUUCUAGAAUUCAAGCUUUAUAAAGAUAUGGUUUCUUUGUCUUUUUAUUUGUUAUAAGGUUUCUGCUGUUUUGAUUGACAUAUCAGUUUUCCCACGAAUUAGAAGGAAUAGAAAGGAUUGAAAUGAAUGUAUAAGUUCCCAAAUUUUCAGUUUAAAAAAUGUGGUCACUCUAUAUAAUGUAGCCAGUACAUUCUAGGAGCUUUCAGUGAAUUUUCCAGGUUUUUCCUUGAAUUGUUAUGGAACAUAGCAGUCAUUGUUCUGGAACCGACAUUGGAGUGCUUUCCGGGUGCUAAUUUUUCUGUAAUUAUCAUGGAAUUUAUCUGUGACAUUUAUGUAACCUAUAUUUAACUUUCCUGUAACUUUAAUAGUACUUGCCAGAUACCUUCCAGAAACUUUCUAUGAACGUCCAUGAAACUUACUGGGUACAUAAAGAAACUGGAUUGGGUUAUAAAGUUACUUAUAAUGAAGUACUUACGGAAACGUUGAUUAAAAUUACUGUGUACUUUAGGACUUUGCUGCAUUAUGAAGUGACUAAAAUAGUUUCCUGGCUUCCAUUUGGUUUCAUGGUACUUACUAGGUAUUUUCCUGGAACUUAGGUGUGAUGUUAAUAUAAUGUGAGAGUUACUUAUCACAGAUAUAUUUCUUGAAAGCUGCAUGAAAGUUGCAUUUAAGCUCUAUAAGUUCCAUUAAAUUUAUAAUAAAGUACCUUGUAACUUUAAUUAAAACACCAGGAGAGUAAGGUUUCUAUUGAAAAAGUUUAGUGGAUACCAAAGUAAGAAUAUAGCUAUGAAGGCCAUCAAGUGCAGUUUGGAGUAAAGAGAACAUAAAUAUUGAUGGUGUGAGUUGUUUUUAUAAAGUUUUUACUAUAUUAGACCCCCUUUCAAAAACACAGAUGGAAUCAGGAAGCCUUAUUUUCCAGUGGAGUAAAAGUUAUAUCUGUAAGAUUACAAUCCUCCAGAAUUCAAAGGACAUUUAUGCUGGAUACAAAGAGAAAGAUAAUUGAUUUUCAUCAAAGGUCCAGUACUGUGCUGCUUCAUUUUGUUCAUAUACAAGUCACAGUGUUUACAGAUCAAAAGUACAUUCUAAUUUUGAGUUAAUCAUUGCAGUACCUUAUUUUUGUACUGUAUUUUAGCUCAUCUGUUAGUUUCAAGAUUGCCAGCAUUGUUUGUAGAGAGUCCAAACAGAGCUGGUGUAUUUAUUACAGAAAUUCAUGCAGUUAUUUUCUGACACAUUCCACAACACAUUAAACUCUAAUUAACUGGCAUAGCUGACAGUGUGGGGCAUGUUACUUGUUUUACCAAAGACAAAAGGCAUGGUAUUCAUUAAAAACAUGGUACACUUCUUCAUAUUUUUAUAAUAACACCAAACAUUUUGUUUAUUGUAACAAAUUCUCCUGAAAAUAUAGUGAAAUGAAAAAAAACCUACCUGUUCCAUUAGUUAUAAAGAUAUUGUUUUUUAAAUUAGGAUCUGAAAUGUAUGUCCAUCAAAUCAGAUUUUUCCUUUAAUAUCAACUCUUGUGAUCCGAGCUCAUUUUUAUAGUUUCAGGACACACCACCAUUACUGCCAUAUUUUACGUUCUACAAAACUACAUUAGAAUCUAAUAUUAUUUCCUAAUUUCUUCGUUUGUCAGCACCUCUGUUGUUAAAUGAAAUUUCAUUGCACACUAGUAGAGAAUUUACAAAUAAAUUCACAAGAAAAAGACAAAACAAUUGUCUUUUCAAAGUUUAUGCACAUUUUUUCAAUUUUUUUCAUAAAAAAAAAUAUUUUGAGUUUUAACAAACAGUUUUAGUCAGAGAGACUCUGAUAGGUUCAAGAUUUCCAUACUGUAUUGAGGGACAGAGAAACAUAAUUUUCUAGGGUUUUACAGUAUUAUUCACAACACCACCAGCAUUGUGGAAAUGUAAAAAUAUUUCCACCUUAUUUCUUCCAUCUGUCGCAACUACAACAGAAGGUUUAGUAGAUCUAAAACACCUGAUUGAUCUAAUGGGACAAGAAAGUGUCAGCUCCUAUAAGCCAUGGGAAAAUGACACUUAAUAUCACUUAUAUUUAUAUAUAUAUAUAUAUUUUCAAUUUCAAAGUGGAUAUUGUUUACAUAAAAUAUGUAAACAUAAAUUUGAUUAUUGUUUAAAUCCUUUGUGUAAAAAGGUCCAUAAGAUUUAGAGUACAUUUACAAAAACAAUACUUGUUUUUAUUUAUGCACUUUAUUUUCCGUUUCUACAACAUUUUGUUCUGUUUUUCUUUUCCCUCAUACAAUGAUUGUGUUUCAGAAUUUGCAGGCCAAUUUUCAAAGAGCUAAUGUAACUGUUUUAAAUACCUCUUAUGGAGGUAAAAAGUGUGUUUGAUGUCAUUUAUUUAUGCUAAAAUGUACUCAGUGGAAGUGGCAUUAGUUUUCAAGCCUUGUGUAAAGCUAUAGUAUUUUGGCAGUAUUUGCUUGGACACAUCCCUCCCUCUCUUCGGUCUGCUGUAAUGAAGGCAUUUGUAGAUAUGAGUGUAAAUAUUAUAAAACAAUAAAUCUGUAAUUUUACUAUU